AUGUUAAGUUCCAAAGAACAGGUGGUGAUGAAGUAUAGCAUCGUAGUCAUAUCCAAGGUAGCGCUGGCACUCCUUUCAGCAUUAUUGGCCGUAGUGACAGCUAUACUGUUCGCUCUCCAGAUAGAUAGGGACAAUAGCGGAUUCGAAAUUUCAAGAGGCCCAGCUUUUUAUAUACAAAUUUUAUUGAUAGUUUUAAACGCCGCGCUGUUCGUGAUGUCUUUGUAUGACAUGUUCUUCGCGAGAAGGGAAGGAGGAGAUCCGACCACUGUCUCCGUUCCUGUGGUUGGAGCAACGUAUGGAAAUCCUGGAUACAGGGACCCCAGGACAAACGGUACCGGGGGAGUCUCAAUGACAGACGCCAGCGGCAAGCCGUACGCUUCAAACGGCAGCAUGGGAUCCAUGGCGACCAUAUCCACCACAGUGGGUUCCACCAAUGGUUCGUCGGCAUGGGGAAGCGCUGGAACCACGAGGUCGCCGUUGAGGUCCAGUUUGAAGAAACCCAGACCGAGAGACGCGGGAGGAACCAGUGCUGGUGGAGCUGCUGGCGGGUUGGGGAUACAAAACCCCGGGUUCUCCGGUACAUCGCCCACUAUGGGUAGGAACGGUAGCAUGAAGAAAGUGCGGAUACAGACGCAGAGCACCGAGGUUUAGGGAUUUUUUUUAUCGAUUCUUUCUAACAACUAGUUUCUGACGACUUUUCAGUGUUAGGCGGUGCAGGAACCACGAUGAUUCGUUGAGAUCUAGCUUAGGGUCGCGCGAGGUCUAGUGUUGGGGGGUCUUCAGAUGGGUUGGGGUCAUAGAACCCUGGGUUCUCGCCUACUAAAAGAAAGUAGAAGUACAUGUAUAGAAGAAGGAUACAGUGCUCAGCGGGAAUUUGGUUCUAAAGCGGUCUUUUCAGCAAGAUGUUCGUGACAGUUCCACCACACGGGUUCCACCAUCACUUACUAACAAUUAGUUUUUGACAGCAUCACCAACGGCUUGUCGAUGUAAGGCGAUGCAGGCACCAAAAAAAAAAGACCGACGGACUCAAGAGGAGAUGGUUUUGAGGGACCUUCUGGAGGAUUGUGUACGCGGAGCUCUGGGUUCUCGCCUAUCAAAAAGAAAGAAGAACUGCAUGUAUUGGAGAAGGUACAGAUACAGGUGAAGAACACAGAGGUGCAGUGUUCAGUGGGAAUUUGGUUCUGAAGUGGUCCCCCUGACUAGAAGCUCCUGGUAGCUCCAUCGACACUUCGUCAUCUUGUGACAACUUAUCUGCCACAAGGUUCCCGUUGAGGUAUAGUCUGGGAGAGAAAGAACCAGCAGUGUGGGAACUACUGGCGGUUAGAGUUCUCGGAACCUUAUCAAGUAUGGCGAAUAGUGGAGUAUGAAGAAGGAACCUUGGUUCUUAAUGCUUCUUCCGUACAAUCAGACGUCGCAUUUUUAAUCGGGUGAGUUACCAUAACUCAGUUCAGAAUGAGACAGUCCAGGAACAAGGAGGUCUCCGUUGAAGUCCAGUCUACAGAAAAUUGGACCAGGAGACUUGGAAGGAACUAGCGGUGACGGAACUGCAAGAGGCUAAACAUAUAGAAGAUCUGUAAAGUUGCUGUUCAGGCGAACCCGCGGUAUUCAGAAACUUUUUGUUGGAAAUAAUCUUUAUGCAUUUCCAUAAGGUUGCUGGUAAGGUGUGUCUAUUAUUGAAGCUUCCUGAAGCUUACCUUAAGCUUGUCAAAAAUCAACUCGAAUUUGUAAAAUGAGAUUGAUAAAUAUUAAACAUUCCGUCCUGUACCAUAUGUAGAUAUUAUGUGAACCAUAAAAUGCCUGAUUAUUUAUAACCAAGGCUAAAGUGAGAAUGUGUAGGUUCUAGUUGUCAAUAGUUAAAAGUGAGGUUGACAAAUAUACGUACUAAAAGAUAUGUUUAUAGCGACCAGAGCAUUUACUACUGAAACUGAUACCGUCCAUAAAUUUUAUUUAUUAUAACUUACGCCAAAGGUAUACAGACUAUAAAAAGUAAAUUCACUCAAAAACAAAAUGUUUUUUCCGUACAUUUUAUUGCUCGUACUGACGUACCCUAGCUUCCUCGAAACCGGGGAAACAGACGUAUGGACAGAUUAAAGACAACCGCUAAUCGCUGAGUGAACUUACUACUUCUGCUCUGUAUACUUUGCUGAGCCAGCUGAUACAUAGUAUUAUUUUAUGUACUGCUAUUGUAUGCUGAUAUAUUGUUUUUGAUAUAAGAUAUCGGAUAUUCGGGACCUGAACAAGUACUAUUUCUCCUGUUAAAACAGGACUGUAUUUGAGUUGCAUUCCAAAUAUUCCAAUGUAAUGUCCAGUCAAAUUAGGAAAUCAGUGUGAACAUGCAACAAGGGCUGGCAACUCAAGGAAACACGUAUCCUGUACUGCAAGGUCUAUCGACUGCAGCCUUUUCCGUCCAAAAAAAAAUAUAUAUAUAUAACAUAACUUGAGUCGUGGUCAUUUUCAUCUAGACCAGUUAGGUGAAAAAUAAAGCUUCCACCUUCAGUUGGAUACUUCGACAAAAUUCAAGCAAUAAGGACUCUUUAUACUUUAUUAGUCUCUAGCUUUCAGUGGACUUUGCCAUCAUCAUCAGGAGCUACAAUAACAUUGAGAAGAAAUAUCAAUUAUUGUGCAAAAUGAUUUUAAAUUACUUACAAUAGUAUGUGAAAUCGUGGCUGAAUGUUAUUAAAGGAUAUGUUGAGGGAAACAUUUAGUAACCUGGUGAAAGCUGGAUACAUGGUAGAUUCGUAUUUUAUACUAGUUUUAACGAAUGUACCAUGUAUUCACCCUUCACCAGGCUACUAAAUGUUUCCCUCAACCUGACCGUUAAUAACAUUGAGCAACAAUCUCACAUACUAUUGUAAGUAAUUUAAAAUCAUUUUGCACAAUAGUGUCAUUGCAGCUCCUGAUGAUGAUGGCAAAGUCCAUUGAAAGUUAGAGACUAAUGAAGUAUAAAGAGUCCUCAGUGAGUUAGUUAAUUGCCUUAACUGUUAGGAGAAGAUAUCCUUUAAUUUCUUUGGGUGGAAGGCAAAGUAUUGCAAAAGUACACUCUUAUAACUUAAACUCUCAAGCUUUCGAAGAUCUGUGUCUUCAUCGUCUGGAGCUGGAAACAAUUAUUGACAAUAGCAACAAAUAACAGACGAUGAAGGCAUAUAUCUUCGAAAGUUUGAGACUUUAAGUUAUAAGAGUGUACUUUUGCAAUACUUGCCUUCUACCCAAAGAAAUUAAAGGAUAUAUAAUAAAAAAAUUGAGAUUAAAUUUUGCUGGCUCUUGGAAUAACAGUAGUCUAUAUACAGUUUCAAGCAAUCAUUUGGAUAUGAAUUGAAGUGACACAAAUUUAACCGGACUAUUGUUAUAUUGUAUGUAAGGAAGCGUCAUUGAACGAGAUGAAUUCAGCAUUAAUUAGUGUCUUUAAUUCCGUAAUUAUGUGACCUUGAGCGGAAUAUAAACGUAUACUCUGUGUGUGCAUGUUGUAAAAUGGAAAUAAAUAAAUGGGUGUGGCUUGAUACCGUGCAUAGGGUAUAGUUGUUGAUGAAAAAUAAGCAAACAUAUUCAGUACGGAUAAUUUCAACAGCAACAAUGCAGACCAUUUUGGUUGAAAUUGAAUUGCAGCCACCGCUGUUUUGUGCUCAUCUACAACUCAUCAGUGCGGUAUAGGUCUUGGAUCUUGUCGUAGACAAGGACAAAACUGAAAGCAAAUAAGUAAAUUUGGCCUUUUUAAAUACUCAAAAUAUUGUCCGCGAGUACCUAUUUUGAUUACAUACACCAUUUUUUUUUGUCAACGGAAUUACUGAUUCCGAAUUACACAGAAAAAUUUGCGAGGAGUCUGAAUUUGACAAUUGGGAUGACUUGUAAAAAUUGUGCUGACAGUUUAGAGAAGCUCGUGUAUCAUAAAAAGUCUUUUUUUACAGGAACAGGUUGAAGUCUAAAAAAAUGGUUCUUUUCUGAUAUUUUAAAGAUCCUUGUACACGCCACGCCAUAGUUUUUUAUCUUUUCUGUUUGUUUGUUGAAGACUUAUUUAGCAUCAAUGCUACAAUGUCAAUUUUGUAUAAUUUUCGUAUACACAUUUUUUUUAAUCGAUUUUGUUUAAUUUUAUAUUCCUGUCUAUUCACUAUUCAUUUUGAGUAUUCAUAAAGUGAUUAUUUAAUAUCAUACUAAACAUUUUUAAUUUCGUUACUCGGCGCUUUAAGAGCGAGUGCGAACCGAAGAUAAAAAACUGUAAAUCUUCGCGUAUCGCCUGAACGAUUUGCGCCGUCGUUCUGUCAUUUCUCGACAUAUCGACUCGGGAUCAGUCGCAUUAGGUGGCCAAAUGAUGGGCCUUUCGUCUUUUCCAGGUCCGCUUUUGAUCCGCACCUUAGUUUUUUUAAUUAGAAAUUUUCAAAGAAAAAAACCUGAAAAAUGACUAAUUUUCGGCAAAAAGUCGAUAACUUCUCUACGACAAAGAGAAAUGAAAUUUCACGUAGCCCAUUUUGUACAUGUCGAUGCAUACUAUAAAUUACCAAGAAACAGUUUUAUGCGUUUAGGGCACCCGUUUUGAUUAAAAAUUUUUCAAACGUAGGACGAUUGUCCUUUUUCGUGUCUCAAGCGUGCUGUUCGAUAUUCUGUUUCUAUCUCCUCCGAAGAUAACGGAGCUACGGACCUAACGAUUUUUCCAUCAGAAAGCCCAGACAUCCGAGAUUUGGAACGCGUUUUUUUCUAUCCCUUUAAUCCCUUCCGUUCAAAAGUUUCGAUUCAAUUAAUGCAAAUACUCCCUUUUGAGGUACAGAUUUGCUACUUAUGUAUUUUUGUCUCUUGGUUCCGCUCCGUAUCGCACUUGAUUUCAAAAAAUAAUAUAAUCCAAUACAUGUGACAGUGACAGUUUGCUAUUGUUUUUUUUUUCUGACAAAAUACAAUCUUCUUUAACACCCUAGAAACGAAGCUUUUUAAGACACAUGUUUAUACCUAUGAACUUUUCUACUGGAAUUCGGCUUAUGAAUGUGCUCUUGUGAUUACAAGUUACACCCUGAAUAUUACAAAUUCUUUAUACAUGAAAAUAACGAAUUUAUUAUAUAAUAUAAUCGCGUUUCAAAAGCAUCACUUAUCGACUGUAUCGGUGAGGAGGUGCAACACUUUGUAAAUGUUUUCAAGUGGUACUGAGAUUGUCACACCCUCUAACACGCCAAGCUUACAGAAUAAUAUACAAGUCUAUCGAAUGUCCCAAAUACUCGGCAGUCGCUUAUAUUUUUUAUAAAAGGCUCCAAAAAAUGUUUCAGACUUAAAAAAAAGGAAAUUAUCGUUAAUCACAAAGAUGACCUAGAUAUUAACCUCAAGAGGUUUCUUGUGGUAAAGUUUGGAAAUUUAAAUAGCACAUUUAUAUAGCAAUUUUUUUUAUUUAUCUAGGACACGCCUGGGAUCAUCGAUAAAUUACUUUUUUUCAGAAAAAUGAUUGGUUGUCAAGCUGUUUUGGUGUUCGUGUACUUUUCUAAUUAUUGGCUCUGGUAGCUAUUUUCCAACUUAUACAUUAUUCUAUGAGCUUUGCAUUUUUAUAUACAGGUUGUUCAUUUGAAAACCUCCCACCACGGAAUCAUCGAAAACCACUGAUUAAAAGAAAAAACCCCAUUUCACACUCUGCCCCCCAGGGUCGUCCCAUUGAAAAUUUUAAAAGACAAUGAAAUCGAGUAGUAGCUUGUUUGAAAGGUCUUUCAAAGUUCUUUAUUUUUAUGUUUAGUUUUUUAAAAUCGGUUGAUUCGUUUUGAAGAAAAUUGUUUAGAUAGAAAACAAAAACACACGAAAAUAUCACUUUUUAUUUCAACUAGUGUUCAAAAUGUUGCCCGUUAGCGUUUGCCACAUCUACAAUUCGACACAAAAAGUGAUGUUUUCGUGUGUUUUAGUUUAAUUAACAUAAAUAAAGAUCUAAUUUUCUCGAAAACGAAUAGACCGAUUUUAAAAAAUAAAACGUCAAACUAUUACUCGACGCCUCUUGUCAUUUAAAAUUUUCAAGAGAAUGGCCCUGGAGGGUGGAAGGGGGUGAAGUAGUUUUUGGUUAAAAAGUCACCCUUGACAAAUCUUUUAACGUGUUUCGGCGUUUUCUCAUUUAAUCAGUGGUUUUUGAUGAAUCCGUGGUGGGAGGUUUUCAAAUAAACACCCUGUAUGUUGUAUGAUAUUAUAUGUUUAAAAUUGUAUUAUAUUCGUCGGAAUUUUUAUUAUAUGGUUCUGCAACAAAUACAUUACUUAAAGCUUACUUAUUUCCGUCCAAUAGCGGUAAGAAAAUUUUGUUUUAUUGAUUUUGUACAACAAAAGCAAAAUUGUAAAUACUUUUUUUAUUUAAAGUUUUUGAACUGCAGAGGUACGUAAUAUCAAUAUUAUUUAGAGUACAAAAGUUUCAUUCAACUCUUAUUUUAUACGUAAUUUUCUCUGCGUUUGAAUACGUAACCAUACCUUAACGGUGAACGGUAUUUUUUCGAAAAAAAAAUAUCCAAUUAAUACCUCUAAAAGAGUGCCUUUUUGAAAAUAAAAUCCAUGACACGGGGCCUAAAAAUCAUGAUACUUUUUUUUUGUUGGUGACGUGGACGAUAUUCUAGUUCUUCAAAAUUUUAUGUUUGAAGAACUAGAAAUACGUAUGCCAUUAAUCAAAAUUAUUGUGUUACGUUAUGUGAAUUUUCGAGUAUUAAAAUUAGGCAUCUAUUGUUACAUUUAUUUGUGUAAAUAAUCAGAAGUAUAUAUUGAUAUUUUUUAUAUUAUGUUAAUAUGAUUAUUUUUAUUGAAAAUUUAUCUUAUAGUGGUUUUGUAAUUUUAUUCAUGUUGACAUAUCUUGUGAUAAUAAACAGUAAAC